GGAGUUGGCGCCGCCGCCGCCGCCUCCAGAGCCUGUCCUGCUGCCGGGUGCUGCUGGGAGGAUGCGGCCGGAGCCCGGAGGCUGCUGCUGCCGCCGCCCGAUGCGGGCGAACGGCUGCGUGAAGAACGGGGAAGUGAGGAACGGGUACUUGAGGAGCAGCACCGCCACCGUCGCCGCUGCCGGCCAGAUUCAUCAUGUUACAGAAAAUGGAGGAUUGUACAAAAGACCGUUUAAUGAAGCUUUUGAAGAAACACCCAUGCUGGUUGCUGUGCUCACAUAUGUGGGCUAUGGUGUACUCACCCUCUUUGGAUAUCUUCGAGAUUUCUUGAGGCAUUGGAGAAUUGAAAAGUGCCACCAUGCAACAGAAAGAGAAGAACAAAAGGACUUUGUGUCCUUGUAUCAGGAUUUUGAAAACUUCUAUACAAGGAACCUCUACAUGAGAAUCAGAGACAACUGGAACCGACCUAUCUGUAGUGUGCCUGGAGCCAAGGUGGAUAUCAUGGAGAGACAAUCUCAGGAUUAUAACUGGUCAUUCAAGUACACGGGGAAUAUAAUUAAAGGUGUAAUAAACAUGGGUUCCUACAACUAUCUUGGAUUUGCGAGGAACACUGGAUCAUGUCAGGAAGCAGCUGCCGAAGUUCUCAAGGAGUACGGAGCAGGAGUGUGCAGCACUCGUCAGGAAAUUGGAAACCUGGACAAGCAUGAAGAACUAGAGAAACUAGUAGCAAGGUUCUUAGGUGUGGAAGCUGCUAUGACCUAUGGCAUGGGAUUUGCAACAAAUUCAAUGAACAUUCCUGCUCUUGUUGGCAAAGGUUGCCUGAUUCUGAGUGAUGAGCUGAACCAUGCGUCACUGGUUCUAGGAGCCAGACUGUCAGGAGCAACCAUUCGAAUCUUCAAACACAACAAUAUGCAAAGCUUGGAGAAGCUUUUAAAAGAUGCCAUUGUUUAUGGUCAGCCUCGGACAAGAAGGCCCUGGAAGAAAAUCCUAAUCCUCGUGGAAGGCAUAUAUAGCAUGGAGGGGUCUAUUGUUCGCCUUCCUGAAGUGAUUGCUCUCAAGAAGAAAUACAAGGCGUACUUGUAUCUGGAUGAGGCUCACAGCAUUGGGGCUCUUGGCCCUUCAGGGCGAGGUGUGGUAGAUUACUUUGGCCUGGAUCCUGAGGAUGUAGAUGUUAUGAUGGGAACGUUCACAAAGAGCUUCGGUGCUUCAGGAGGAUACAUUGGAGGCAAGAAGGAGCUGAUAGACUACCUUCGCACACAUUCUCACAGUGCUGUGUAUGCCACGUCGAUGUCACCACCUGUGAUGGAGCAGAUCAUCACCUCCAUGAAGUGUAUCAUGGGGCAGGAUGGCACCAGUCUUGGCAAAGAAUGUAUACAGCAGUUGGCUGAGAACACCAGAUACUUCAGGAGACGGCUGAAGGAGAUGGGCUUCAUCAUCUAUGGCAAUGAAGACUCCCCGGUGGUGCCUUUGAUGCUCUACAUGCCGGCCAAAAUUGGCGCCUUUGGAAGAGAGAUGCUAAAACGGAACAUUGGUGUAGUUGUGGUAGGAUUUCCUGCUACCCCCAUCAUUGAGUCCAGAGCCAGAUUUUGCCUGUCAGCAGCUCAUACCAAAGAAAUACUUGACACGGCUUUGAAGGAGAUAGAUGAAGUUGGGGAUCUGCUGCAACUGAAGUACUCUCGCCACCGGCUGGUGCCUCUGCUGGACAGGCCCUUUGAUGAGACUACCUAUGAGGAGACAGAAGACUGAGCCUUUCUGGUGCUCCCUCGAGGAGGACUUCCUCCCAGGACAGUGUGUGGCCUUUCUGAGCCAAUUCCAGGAACCAUACUUCAGUGACCACUUCACGUGAAAGACAUUUCCAAAGCUACUGAAGGUGGCCACCUCCACUCCAAAUGGCAUUUUGUAAAUAGUAAAAAAAAAACAAACUGCUUCA